AUCGAGAUGCCUCGCUAGAGAUCCCACCGAUAGCUCCAGAGUGGCAACAUUGGAUGGUUGUAAAUAUUCAUGGGAGUAAAUGGAAGGAGGGGGAUGUGCGAACUGCCUACAUGGGUGCAUUCAUUCCAAAUUGGCUGACUUACGAUACAGGUCCGCAUCGAUUUGUUUUCACUCUGUGGAGGCAAAAGAACGGUUUAACAAACUUUCAACAAAAGUUUAUACACAAUUUGGUCUUCGAUCUCCGAAGGACGAAUUUCUCGACGCCACUAUUUGCCGAAAAGUACAACUUAGAUUUAGUAGCAAUAAAUUAUUUUCGGGCCGAUUGGCACGAAAUGCCUCAUGACAGGGAGUCAUUAUUACGGCCACCGACUCCCUCUACCCCUCGUCCAACGUAUUGGAAUGUAGCUUCAGAUGAACCCGAAAAGUCGACGAAACAUAUCUGUGACGAUAACUGUUUCGCGUAGGGUUUUGAAUAAAUGGUCAUAAACAUAGCAAAAGAACUAGCGAAACUAACUAGCGAAGUGUAUUCAUGUUCUGCUAA